UCUACCGGCACCGUAUGCGAGUACCGUGCAUGCAUGCGAGACUAGCCGGGGAGACUAGACUACCAUCUGCAUCUAGAUCAAGAGUAAACAACCAGGAACAAGAAAAGUCAUCUAUGGACCAGCUUCUUAUCGGUUGGGGCCUAAGAGGGAUGCAAGAUAUCUUCAAAGAAAAUGGGAUAGACCUUGAAGCAGCUGCCCUCCUGUCAGAUGAAAUGAUUGAAGUGCUGAUCCCAAAGCUUGGGGCAAGAUUAAAAUUCAAGAAUCACUGGAGUCAAUAUGAAACCACUCACAUGCCAUCAUACCUGCAACAGAUUGACCCAACUACCCGUCCCCAACCCUUCAUCACUGAACUGUUCUCGUUAUCCAAGCUCAGGCCUCUGCAGACUUUCACGGUGAUUGACAAGGAGUGCAUCCCUCACAAGUCACUUAUAGAUGCAGUAGAUGUGUGCUACAAAGCACACUUCAUCAUAGACUGUGCUUAUCAAAGCAACGUAGAAGGAACCUGGCUCUUCUUCCAAAAGAUGAUCUAUGAACAAGAUGACAAGCGUAUCAGAGACACCCCUGCCUUGAGUAGUUUCCGUGCUUAUCUCUUCUCAAAGAAAACAUGA